AUUAACAUUCAAAUUAUAAAGCAUUGAAAAUGCUGUCAACCAAAAUUCUAAGUUUACUCAUUGCCAUAUGUUCGUACGAAUGUGCCACCUACAAUAUAAUUACUAUCAAACCAAAAACUGAACCUCCGAAAAUUGACAUCAAUCCGUAUAAGAACCUUGUCAGUGCAAGAAAUGCACCAAUCGACGUUGUUGCCCUGAUUGAAUUGGCCUACCGUACCCCCGUACAAUUUGAGUGCGCUCUGUCAAUCACCUUCGGGUCACUCUUUCAACUCGUCAAGAAUAACCCUCUAGGUCCUGAUGGAGCUAACGUAGGAAUCGUGACUUACAACAAAUUUGCCAACGUUCAUUUACCGCUGGGGUCAGCAACCGCCUUUUCCGGUGUGCUAGUCUACCCUACACCCGUUUUCAACGGGGGAUCAUCAAAAUAUUUGAAUGUUGACACUGCCUUGUCGCUCGCUUAUUCGAUGUUGAAUUCUAGCAGACCUAAUGCCAUUAAACAAAUAUGGGUAUAUAUAUCCGAGACGUCAACCGGACGUCCGGAGAUAACGGCCAAAUUCAUGAAAUCUUAUGGUGUUAAAAUAGAUGUCUUCGGUUUAGGCCCCAAGGUGAGUUCUGAACAAUUAAACGCUAUCGCGUCGUCUUCCAUGAAUGUCUUCACAUUUCCCGAUUACUGUUCCGCAUCGAAUUCUCUCAUCGAUUUCGUGAAUAAGAAAUUUUUGUGA